CAAUUUCCGUCGUUAGCCAGCCGGUUGUGUCAUUCACCAAAUGUGAAGACUUCCAGCCACUCACUUUCUGCAAAUCUUACAUUAACGAAUAGGUACAAUUUUAGAUACAAGCUGUCAGGAAAGUCCUGAUAUUUUGAUGGUCAACCAUGGAUGAAGAUGACAGCCAAGAUGAGCAGAUUAAUCCUAGUUCAACACACAACAAAGGAAAAAGAGCAGCAAUGUGGGCCAUCUCGGAUGACUCUGACGACUUAGAGGAGGAGUCUGAGGAGGGAGAAUCUGAUAGUGGGGAUGAAGAGGAGGAAUGUGACGCAAAUGGCGAUGAUGACGAGGAUGGAAAUGAAGAGGAGGAUGAUGAGGAGGAAGAGGUGGAGGAGGAAGAAGAUGCUAAGCUUGAGAAUGGAACUUUUGGUGGUACUUCUGCUGACUUGGAAGGGAUGAGCUCAGAUGAGGAUAGCGAAAAGUGUCCCAUCUGCCUGAACUCAUUCAAUAGCCAGCCUGUUGCAACACCAGAGAACUGUGAGCACUACUUUUGUUUGGACUGCAUCCUUGAAUGGGCCAAGAAUGCAAACUCGUGUCCCGUAGACCGUCUUGCCUUUAACAGCAUACACUUAAGAAAAUGUUAUGGAGGAAGAGUGAAGAAAAUGAUAACUGUGCAAAAGCCUAUGAAGGCAGGUCAAGAGGAAACAGUGAAUUUCGACCUGGAGCAAACCAACUGUGAGGUGUGUGGGGGCAGUGAUCGUGAGGACCGCCUCCUGCUCUGUGAUGGUUGUGAUGCAGGAUAUCACAUGGAAUGCCUCACACCUCCACUCGACUCUGUUCCUGUGGAGGAGUGGUUUUGUCCUGAGUGUGAGGCCAAUAACCGUCACUCAAGCGGUUCAGGUGUGGAGCUUAGUGAAACAGACGGCCUGUCCUCUCCUGUCCGUCCUGCCACCAGUCGAGCCCAAACUCGUGCUGUAGGUCCUACCAGAGCUAUCGCACGUACUCAGCAGAGUGAGAGGGUCCGAGCCAACGUCAACAGGCAUCGCAUCACACAGGCACGAACAUCACAGUUGGCUCCAACAUAUCUGAUACAGUCCACUUGGCUCGAUGAAACUAUUAAUGCUGUGGUUGCUGGGCUUAACACGGCUGUGUAUGUACGGGACAUCACACCUCGAGUCCCAUCGAGUCACAGACGCAAAACUCGAAAACGAAGAAAAGUGAAACGUACAAAGACAACAUCUACUAAGGGUAAAAAUGGUCGAGUUGAAAGCACAGGCAUCAAAAGAAGGAAACGUAGAGUAAGGAGGACUAGAUCCAAGAAAAAACUAGUGGUGAAAAAGGCAGCCACUCCCAGAAGCCGUAUUGCUAAUAAUCUUGGGAUUGUUAAGGACAAGAAGAGCUCUUCACUUCCUGUUGUGUACCGGCCGUCAGAGCACACAUUAAGCAACAUGCGUGCUGACAUAGGAGCUGCAUCCCUGUCCAUCUAUGGGGAUCCAUUUGAUUUGGAUCCAUUUGUGGAUCAUGAGGAGCUAGAACAGGAGGCCAGCGUUACAUCACUGUUAGAAGCUAAGAGGCGAGGGAUUUCUCGCUCUGCCCUUCGCUCUCACCAGCCAGUGGCUCGACCAGUCACUGCAAGCCUCUCCAGGAGUAGUGUGGAUGUCCCACACGCAGGGGGCGUUGUGGAGGCAGCACCUGUUCCUGAUCUACUGGGCAGCAUUUUGUCUGGACAGAGCAUGCUCUUGAUGGACAGUUCUGAUGUCGUCAUUAAUCGAGAUGGUUCGCUUAAAGCUUCAAAGCCAACGAUGCUGUCAAGUAGCAGAAAAAGCAGUUCUGGAGAUGCCAGUGCCCUUGGCAGCUCAGGGUUUUCAUCUAACAUGGGAGACAAUUUUUCAUCUCCCCAUCACAACAGCAAUCUACCAGGAUCUUUCCAUUCAUCAGUGAAUGGGCUUUUGACCCAGCAGUCAACCCCUUCACCUUCAUUCACGUCCCACUCAGCCAACCCUAUCCACCCAACUCCCUCCUUUAUUCCACCGCUGAGAGGAAAUGUAGGUUUGCCUCCUCCUUGUCCAAACAGACCGACCUCAUCUCCUUGUCACCAGGAUGCCAAUGGAGUUAGAUCCACAAGGGAAACCACCUCCUCAUCUGUUCACCCCAUUCAGGACUCCAACUUCAAAAGCAAAGAAGUGACUCCAUCACAGUCCCAACCUAAAAAAACAAGUUUAAAACCAACAUGGGUGGAUGUGGCAGUGCUUCCACGAAUACCAAAAAUAAAAAGAGAGGGUAGCAAUUCCACAAAUGAUGGAACUAGUCAAAGUGGCAGUUAUGACGGUAAUAAAGUUUUUGGUUGUAAAGGAGGUAGCAGCAGUUCUUCAGGUGCUAAUAAUGGUUCUGGCUUACCUGAAGGUAGUAUAAACAGUCUGUCUGGGGACAAAGGAAGGCAGCAAAGUGUAGACCAGCAAAAGAGCCAUUCUGAUAGUCAGACCCAGCAGAACCGGCCUGACAGGGCAAGCUCAUCAUCAUCCUUCUCAAACUCUUUCUCUUCCUCCUCCUCUGGCACCUCUGCCAGCCAACCACAACAUGCCUUAUUUUCUUCAUCUUCAGCUGUAAGUUUUCGCAUAAAGUCGAGUGGAAACUCCUGGCGUGCAAAGCGUCUGAGUUUUGCAUCACCUUUUCCUACUGGAAGUAGCAAAAAGGAAGAGGAGGAGGAAGCAAAAAAGAAGCAAUUGCACAAGGACAACCAAAAGCUGCUGACAUCAAAAGCUGCGGCCAACGAGGAACAAGAUGAUGGUAAUAAUAAUAAUAAUGUUUAUGAUCCCUUUAAUCCUACACUAUCAGAUCCAAGUACCUCGGGGGAUGAAGCCGUGAGCCCGAGCUUCUACCGCCGCCCUCUGUUUGCCACACGUGAAAGGAGAACUCGUUUUUCAGAAACCAAGGAUCCAGUUUCCAACCAGCAGGAUCUGGUGCACGUGAAAACGGAAACACAGGAGACUGAAGAAGAAGAAGAAGAAGAACCUGGAAGUGCUCUGAAUACUGUAUCACAAAAUAUAAAAUUAUUAGAUAAUUCUGUCCAAGUUGAAGAGGAAUCUGAAUUAGAGGACGCAAAUAUUGAGAAACAAACGGUAUCCCCUGAAACCAACGUUAAGCAGGAACCAAAUUCAGAUGAAUCUGAACAGGAGGAGUCUGAAGAGUAUGAUGGCAGGAUUAAAAGUGAGAAUGAGAUCAAAAGUGAGGUGACAAGUGCCACACCACCUGUUCAGCAAAGCUUUGAUCAAAUUGAGCAAAAGGUUGAAGGGGAGAGUGGACAUGGUGCUAAGUCUUCCAGCAGGUCUCUCCUUAACUACAGGGAUGAUUCACCAGCAUCCAGGUCUACAACCACCAAGAAGAGGCAGCAGGAACACAUUAAAUCAGAUCUCCCAUCCUGUUCCAAGUCUCCAUCAAAAGAUUUGGACAGUAAAAAGAAAACUUCCAAAGCUUCUAAAGAGCAACAGUCUAGUAGUUCUGAAACGGACAGGGACAGAAGAGAAUAUCGACAUGGCUCCGAUAAGAGAAGCAGAAAUAAAGAAAAGUACAAGGACGGUAGGUCCAGGCGGUCGCGGUCAAGGGAAAGAAGAAGGGCUCAUUCAACCUCUGACAGCUCUCAGCCCAACUCUCCAGAGAGAACGCGUAGAAAGAGGCGGUGGUCUCAGUCACGAUCCGCAGACGAAACGAGGAGGCGAUCCAGGUCACGAUCUAGCUCCAGCAGUAGAGAGCGUUCAAGGACGAAAAGGUAUCAACAAAGAAGCAAGGAGAGAAGUGAUCACAGGGAGAAGGACUACGAGAGACGGCGCAUUUCUAAAGACAAACGUAGUGUAUCUCGCUCCAAAUCACGCUCUAGAUCCAGGGAAAGGAGGAAAGAGCACAGCAGACAUCAACGUACGUCUCUCUCGUCUCGAGGCAAAGUGGAACAGCGCUCUAAAGAUGAGAGGAGACCAAGGAGAUCUAGGUCCAGAUCAAGAGACAGGAGGAAAGAUGGAUCAUCCAGAAGUACAAAGAAACCUUCAAAUAUACACGUUUCAUCCUUCAGAGACACAAAUCGCUCACACGAAAGGACAAAAGACAACAAUGUUAGUCAUAGAAACAUCGAAGAAGCAGAGUGUGCUGAAGUAAACAAGCAGGAUGUGCCCUCCAGUGUUUUUACUUCCCAAGUCAAAAAAGAAAGGAGUGACUCUGAUGCAGACAGCAAGAUUAUAGCUACAGAAAAUCAAAAACAAAUUAAGAUUGAAAAAGAAAUAAAUGAAAAGGCACAAUCUGUAGAUAUGUUUGAAGAUUUUCCGAUCACAAAACCAGGAAAAAGUGAAGAAAGUGACUCCACCUCCCUGGCAAAAAGCAAAAACACAGAUGAGGCAGUGGAGGAUCCCUGCAAGACAGAGUCUUAUGAUAUCACCAACAUCAAAUCUGAGCCAAGUCCUUCUGUUCUCCCAUCUUGUACGCUCACUACACUUGUUACCACAGAUGUCCUCGAGGACCCGGUACCACAGUCUGAGCCAGUAUCAUUGGACUCAGACAAAGAACAAGACACAGCUGGUUUAACAGCACCCACAAAACAGGAAUCCUCAGACUCUGACGAGGAUUUCAAUGUUGAUUUGAUGCUGGAUAAUCUUGAUUAUGUGAAAUCAGAUCAAAUAGAGUGUAGUGGUGCAGCUGCCAAAGAGGAAAAAGAAGUGGUGCAGGGGAAGGAAGAGGAAGAGCCGGCAUCAACUGCAGUGGGAUUAAAGUCCAAAACUCAAGUGAAGCGAGUUACGUGGAACAUACAGGAACCAGAGGGACCUCUGCCAGAAAAAUCACCAAGCAAGUUGGCUUUGUAUAAACUGAAGCUGAAGCAGGAAGGAUCUCGUAAACAGUCUUUGGCAGUUCAAGCAGCCAGUCAGGAGAUUGUAGGAGCUGCGAGUGACCCCUCUAAGAGAAGUGCUGUUGGUUUACUCGACAACAGCUCAAGCUCCACUGGUUUUCAACCUGGGGAGUCGUCGACAACUGGACAAGGAGAAGCAGAGGAAGGAGAUUUUUCGAGAAAAGACAAGUACUUGAAAAAGCUUCACAUGCAGGAGAGAGCUGUCGAGGAGGUGAAGUUAGCCAUCAAGCCUUUUUAUCAAAACAGAGACAUCAACAAGGAGGAAUACAAAGACAUUCUGCGUAAAGCGGUUCAGAAGGUGUGCCACAGCAAGAGUGGGGAAAUCAACCCAGUCAAAGUGGGAAAUCUGAUCAAGGCUUAUGUGGAAAAAUACAAACAUGCAAGGAAACAUAAAAAAGGAGAGGAUUUUGAAAAAGUAGCUGAGGAGCAGAACGAGCCGAUGGACAUAUCUGCCAGUCCAUGAGGUGCUGUAAAAACGAGCAAGGACAACCACUUUCCCAGCUUCUUGUACCAG